AUGACCAACGAUAGCAGCAAUAGCAUUAACAAAAAAGACAACCACAACAACCUGUCGCUUCCGAGCAUCCAUUCUACUGGAUACAAUGCUAAUAGUUUAGCAGACACGCCGCUCUUUUAUAGUCGACAGCAAAACAUCAAUGAACCUAUCCCUAAUCGAAAUAGUGGAUCAAAUAAUACACCAAAUGUGAUUAUACCGCCAUUGAGACCUCCAUUUACACAACCACCACCACCACCACCACCACCACCACAACAACAACAACAACAACAACAACAACAACUAGCAUCGAGUAUUCCUUUUCCACCACACCACUCGUUGAUGUCGCUACCACCGCCAAUUACUUCGGCCAUGAAUGGUUAUGGAACUCCACCAUCGAGAAUAUCCAAUAACCAUAGCACUAGCAAUAGCAGCAUGGGCCAUUCUUCAUUUGGUGACCUCAUUGGGUAUCCAAAAUUUUACAGUGUAGGUCAGAAUAAUGGAUACUUGCACCAAACUCAAACUUACUUUCCCACGGAGCAACCACAACCACAACCACAACCACAACCACAACCGCAGUCGCAUUCAUACAGCUUAGGGCAGAACAAUCAGUAUAUACAACCACUGCACCAAAUACCUUUAUCCCCACAACACCCACAGUCCCCGAAACAGCCAAAACAGCCAAAACAGCCAAAACAACAGAAGCAAGUUUCUUUGCAAAAUGAGCAACUGCCGAGUUACACACCUUUUGAAUCCAUCCGUCCAUCACAGCAACAACAAUUACAUCCCCUUAACCAUGAUUGCAAAAAUAACGGAACGAAUCACAAUCAGUACAAACAAUAUAGCCAACCCAACAACGCAACCAACGAGAAUAGUGACCGUGCGAGAAAAGACAAGUUUAGCUCACAGCUGUAUCACAUGGGCAAUCAUUCCGCGUCAAACGUACAGUAUGUUCGACAAUUUCUGCAUCACUUGAAUCCAAGCUAUGCCGUUAACCUCAAAUUCAGUAAAGAUUUGAAUACAAUGACACGAGAUUGGACAGAACAAGAAAUUCACGAUAGAAGAAGACUCGUUGAGUUCAUUUUCACUGACAGUAUUGAUAGUGGUUUGUCAGAUUCAAGUUUGAAUGCAAUGCAAACAAUCGACUUUAAUGUAAUACAUCCUUCAGAAUACGAUACUUCCAAAGCAGUGGUUUCUUGCAUAUAUUGGAGAGAAACAAAUAGAUUUAUAUGCACCUCGGUGGACAUUAUUUCCCUCUUGGAGUACUUGGUCCGUCAAAGUUUUGGUAUCGAAGAAAAAAACAGAAUCAGAAGGAACUUACAGAGCUUAAAACCCAAAACAGUGUCUAGGUCAAGCAGAGACGAUCAAGAGUUUUUCAGCUUAAUAAUGGGUAUGGAGAAUCCGAGACCAAGAAAUAUCGAAAAAGAUUUGAAAGUGUUUAAUUGGAGUGAUUUGAGUAAAGCCAUCACAAAAGUGAUGUCUAAAUACUAUGUUGUAUCUUCACCAACACAACACCAUCUUCCACAACUGCAGGUGCUACAUAACCAUUCUGAUAAUACCAGUAGAGUGUGGUCACCACCGACCAAUGGUAACGCUCAAAUUGCUAAUCUCACCAGCGCGAGUGAAGGCUAUGGUUAUCGCAAUAGUCAUGCAGAGUUUCGGAACAUAAAUGAAAAUCCCCAGGGCAAUAACACACGGUUUCCCAUGCACACUUUGAGUGGAAAUGUAAAUACAAAUGCAAAUACCAGUACAAACAGGAAACUGCAUGAACAUGAACAUGAACAUGAUUAUGAGCAAAGAAUUGGUACAGGAGGCGAAUAUCACGAUAGUGAAGGUUACGUUUCAGGAUCGGGUGAUGCGAGUGGAGCUGAUGAGUCGUAUGUGCCUUACGAGCGACUCAGGCGCUUGAAACGAGAGCACCCAUUGCGAUUUGCAUCUGUACCUUCACCUGGGAUUCCUGGACAACAAGAAACAAGAUUAGCAUUUACUCUGCCCGAAGGUACACAAUAUCGGAACCAAAGUGAUGAUUGCACCAAAACUAAUGGGAAUAAUGAGAGGCUCACGUCCUCAAACCUCUACGCGAAUAAUCAUCAGCCUGGUCUCUCGUUGCCCCCUUUGCGAUCUGCCAUUCCAUAUGAUGCGUACUCUUCCACAGGUUCAAUGCGAGAUACACCCAUUUCGUUGUCUGAGCCAACUCAUUCAUCGUCCAAGAGCUCUAGCACGCCAACAAAUUCCGAGCAAACAUCAACUUCACAGUUCUCGCAUCACAGUUCAAAUGAUUCUUCUUCAAACCAUGGAGACGGCAAUUUCAACCAGUCUCACGCCUUGUCGGCUAGAGCCAAUUCAUCUAAAGCUCUGCAAACUCAAAGUCGUUAUCACCCAGACAACAAUAAAAAUUCGACACUAAACCAACAUUCUGAAGAAUCAUCAAAGAGCCCUUCACCUAGAAAAGCGAACAGAAAUGGAAUUAGGAGGGGAAAUAGAAACAAUGGCGGCAAAAGUAAGAAUACCAAUUUGGGUUACGAAAGAGGUUCGAGUAAUGAAGAUGUGUCUAGUGCCACUUCGGGUGAAAGUUCUUCUGGAGAUCAAUCGCUUUCGAGUGGUGGUAUUAGAGGUGGCAGUAAUAGUAGCGGGUUUGGUUCAUCUUCCUUUUCAGGAGGGAAUUCUGGUAGUGACAGCAGUUCCAAAGACUCGAUGCUAUCAUUGCAAAAAGAUUCCGGUGAUUCGAGCCACAAUUCAUCUCGAUCGAAUUCAUCCAAUCAUAUAAAUGGAAAAUUAUUUGCUUCAAAACUUGAAACACCCAUCAAGGAUAAGGUCAAUACCAACACCAAUGGCAAUGCUAACGUCUAUACCAAGAGCAACAGUAGAAACAACGCAUCCAAAAGUCAAAUACACGAAUUAAUCAACAAUAGCUCCAAUUCUUCAGCCUCAGAAUACGCACUUGAAGAAGGCGGCAAUGAAGAUGAGGAUGUGUCGAUGGAUUCGGAACUCGAAGAUUGCGGUAGCUGGCGCCAGCAUGAAGAAUAUAUGGAUGUGGAUCAAGAUGGCGAGGGAAGAAAUUCGCAAGAUAACUAUAAAUUGAAAAAGAAGAAAAUGCACAAAAAGAAAUUGCAUCAUAACCCCCACCACUCGUCCUCCACGCAGAGUACAAACUAUUUCGAUGAUGCAGGAAAGUUACCUGUAGAUGGUCACAAUGUGAAUGACAGUAAAACUUUUGCUGCAGCACCGCAAACUUACUACAAUAAACUACAAUCACCCAAACUUCCUUCAAUAUCACAAUUGCUCACGUCCGACUUUGAAUCGAGGGAUUCGUCUGUACCACCUGUUUUGUGUGAUGAUAAUGUACCAAAGGAGAAAUUACCAUCUAUUUCAAAAGUUCAAAAAUGGAAGGACUAUUAA